AUAAGGAAUCGUGUGAAUUGCGAACGAAAAGCGUGUCGGCCUAAGUACUUUCAAGCGAAGGUAGAGCACUUGAAGGAGUGUAAGCCGUCCGCGUGGUGGAAUGAAAUCAAAAAGCUUAGCGGCUGUUCCCCGGCUUUCAGGGAGAAAUCUUACGCCACGAAGUCCCUACAACACCUGUAUGAGCCUUCAGAUUACAUCACUCUUGCCAACAUCAUUAAUAAGGCCUUUUCUCGCCCAUGCUUAGUUUCACACCGCUCCCUGCUAAUUACGUCAUACUUCCAACUAACAGCGCAACCAUACAACCUGCGCUUGUUGUAUCAAACGAGUUGGUUUAUAAGAAAUUGAUGAAACUGAACAGAAGCAAAGCGCAUGGUCCUGGUGACAUCCUGGGUGGUUAUUGAAAGAAAAUGUAGAUUUACUGGCAGCGCCGAUAGCAGAUAUUCUCAAUUCAUCUUAUCGCGAAGGUCGUCUCCCACCCUCAUGGAAAGAAGCAGAUGUUGUGCUGGUGCCCAAGCAAAGACCUGUGCAGGACAUAAACAAACACCUUCGACCCAUCUCCCUGACACCAAACCUGUCAAAAUAGCGAAAGACUACGUUGUCGACACUUAUGUCAAGCCCGCUGUCCUCUCAAAGGUCGACCCACAGCAAUUUGGAACGGUGCCCAAAUCCAGCACUACGUAUACAUUAAUCAAUAUGAUUCACUCUUGGGCGAAGUAAACGGAUGGAAAUGGAUCGACUACGAGAGCUGUACUCUCUGACUUCCGGAAAGCAUUUGAUUUGAUUGACCAUCGUGUUCUGGCGCGGAAGCUCUCCUCCUAUGAUAUUCCAAGGUUGAUGUCGAGCUGAUCAUAGACUUUUUAAUGUACCGUAAGCAAAGGAUAAAACUAAGCCGCGAUUGCUUCUCGGAGUGGGAAGCUGUUCCUGCAGGGGUCCCACAGGGGACGAAACUGGGCGCCUGGCUGUUCCUUAUCAUGAUAAAUGAUCUUUCUGUAGCAGACACAACUCUUUGGAAAUACGUUGAUGACACCACUCUUGUCGAAUCAGUAUCGAAGAACGAGACUAGCUACAUGCAGUUACGCGUAGAUGAACUUGUAGGACAGUCGGAAGCUGAUGGUUUCCAACUCAACUAGUCUAAAUGUAAAGAACUGAGAAUAUCAUUCUCUAGAUCAGAAAGUUCUGUAGAUCAUAUCACUAUCAAUGAUAAGCAAAUCGAAGUUGUCUCGUCUGCAAAGCUGUUAGGAGUGGUAGUUUCGGACAACCUCAGGUGUAACGCGCAUGUAGAAUCUAUAUGCAAAAAGGCUGCGACGCGCCUGUACUUCCUAAAACAGCAAAAGCGCGCUAAAGUUCCACCCAAGGAUAUGCUACUUUUCUAUACAACAUGUAUACGCCCUGUAUUAGAAUAUGCGUGCCCAGUUUUUCAUCAUUCUUUCCCGCAAUAUCUGUCUAAUGAAAUGGAAAGGUUGCAAAAGCGCGCGUUGCGGAUAAUACAACUCGACUUAUCCUAUGAUGAAGCUCUCGUAGCUCUAGACAUCACGUCACUGUACGAGAGCAGGAAGGCCUUGAGUAAUGCUCUAUUUGACCAAAUUGUAAGGGACCAAAGCCACAAGCUCCAUGAUCUGCUGCCG